ACAUGGCCACUUUCAGCCAUGGAAAUGAAUUUUCUCUUUUGUUUGGCUGUGGCUACACUGAUGUCAGUAUGUCACGGUUGUUCGACAGGAAAGGAGUUCAUCACGACAUUUCUUCCUAACUACAAGAACGGUGGCUUCUGGCAGAGACUCUUCUCUGGAAAUGAUCAUAACCUUCAACUGGUUCUCACAGCUAUGGGCUCUUCCGCCAAUGUUCAUAUUCAGGUGGCUUCUGUGGACUUCUCCAUGAAGCUGACCCUCUCUGCUGGUGAAAGCCGCUGGGUUAGUCUGCCUGUCGGAGCAGAAUUGCAGAAGCACUUUAUUACUGAAAAGUCAGCAGUUCGUAUUUCAUCGAGUGCAGAAAUCUCAGUGGUUUCUUUCAACCGACGCCAAAGGACAGGAGACGGAACCGUGGUGCCUCCAAUAGCAGCACUCGGUACAGAAUAUGUAGUGUUCACACCACAGGGAGGUGCAAGUUGUAUGGACAAGCUCGUGGCUAUUGUUAAUGGCAACAGCUUGAAUCACAUCACCAUUUUACCUAGUAGUAAAGUGUUGCUACGAGGUCAGGGAAGUUGGGAAAGUGGGAAGCCAGUGACCUUUACCCUUGCACCUUAUGCAUCCUAUCUCGUGCGUAGUCGCAAGUCUUGGACGGGCCUCAUUCAAUCCAAAUUGCCUGUGGCUGUUCUAGCGGGUCACCAGUGUCUAGCCAUGGGUUCGGGAUGUGAACAUAUCUAUGAACAGCUUCCUCCUGUGACCAAUCUGGGUAAGAGCUACAUGGUGCCCAGGACGGGAAGCUCCAGGGCCACAAACUGGGCCGUGAUUGUAGCGGCUGAAGACAACACUGAGUUGACACUGCACAAGGGUCAUCGUUCACCAAACAAACAGAUACUGAAGACAGCUGGAUUUGUCAUCCGCCAGAAACUAAUCAACAAACAUCCUCUGGUUGUCAAAAGCAACAAGAAAGUUAUGGUGCUCCUCCUUAGCAACAAUAAACCACAUGACCCAUUUUUGAUGACAGUGACCCCCACCUGCAAGCUAUCCACUGAUUGGGCUGUUGAGACAGUGGAUGGGCUCGCCAGCACUGUGGCCAUUUUGUCAGAGAAGGAGGGCUCGUCCAGUGUCAAAGUGUGUCUGAAAGGACGGUGCUUGUCCCCUCAUUGGAAUAGCUUUAAUUCAGAUAAACAGUGGGUGUGGUCUAAUGUUGCGGUGGGCACAAAGCAGAGUCAUGUGACAGUGGAAGGUGACGCACGUAUGGCUGUCUACGUCUAUGGAGGCCAAAAUCGGCAUGGUUAUGGAACUGCUGGCAUUUGCUCUGCAGGGACCUCUUACCCUCCACCACCGAAAGAUCCCUGUGAUGAUGUCAAAUGCCGAGAAAAGGAACACUGUGUGGCCGGAAGAUGUGUGCACACGUCCACUGCAACGUGUCAUGCUCUCGGUGACCCCCACUACUUGACAUUUGAUGGGCGACGUUAUGAUUUCCAGGGUUCCUGCACUUACAUUAUGGCAACAGUUGCCAAGAAGGUGCCUGGCCUUUUGCCUUUCACUGUGACCACCAAAAAUGACCACCGAGGUAACCGUCGGGUCUCCUUUGUGAGGACAGUAACCAUCACAGUCCACAAGCAGACUAUUAUCAUUGACAGACACAGAAACAAAGUUCAGGUAAAUGGUGAACUUCAGUACUUACCAGUAAACUUAUUAGACGGGCAGAUCACUGUGAGGCGCAGUGGGAUCUAUGCUGUCCUCACAACUGACUUCGGUCUGACUGUGAAGUAUGACUGGAACAUGAGGCUUUACAUCACAGUACCAUCCUCAUAUUAUAAACAUGUAGGAGGUCUCUGUGGAAACUACAAUGGAGACAAAACAGAUGAUCUGCCUGAGCCAAGAGGGUCUUCCCUUUCGGCUGUAUUGACGAUGAUCCAGCAGUGGAAAAUAAAAGAUCCAGAUCUGUUCUGUCAUGAUAAUUGUGGUGGACGCUGUCCCACAUGUUCACCAGACAAGCAAGCCCACUUCCGCCGCCCCAAACAAUGUGGGAUAAUAACACAGGCAGAUGGACCAUUUUCAUUCUGCCACAAAGUGGUCAACCCCUCUUUUUAUCUUGACAACUGUGUCUAUGAUGUCUGUAUCAAUAAGGGUGCAAGACAGCUUCUCUGUGAUAACCUGAAGAGCUACAGUGAUGCUUGUCUAUCAGAGAGAGUGAAGGUCAAUCCCGAGUGGAGAAUGGUCACUAAAUGCCCUCUUCCAUGUCCUGCAGGGAGCCAUUAUGAGGCAUGCGGUUCAGCAUGCCCUGCUUCUUGUGGAACCACAGACAGUGAAAAGCAGUGUGCUGCGCCCUGUGUGGAGGGGUGCCAGUGUGAUGCAGGACUCGUGCUCAGUGGAGACAGGUGUAUUCCUCAGUCUCGCUGUGGAUGCCAGCACCAGGGCAAAUAUUAUCCAGCAGACGUCACUUUCUGGGCAGAUAACACUUGUACUACCAAGUGUCAAUGCCAAAAUGGCAAAGCCAAGUGCAAAUCGGUUACCUGCAAGAAGAAUGAGCACUGUGCCUUGAAAGGGGGCAUAAGAGAUUGCUACCCAGUUUCUUAUGCCACAUGCCAGGCUUCCGGAGACCCCCACUACAGAAGCUUUGACAAUCGCCGGUUUGAUUUCCAGGGCACUUGUACUUAUGUUUUGGCUCAACACAAAGAGGACUCAAAACAUUGCCUGGUACCUUUCAAGGUUCUCGUCCAAAAUGAGAACAGAGGACGUAAUAAGCGAGUGUCGUAUACCAAGUCUGUUUCCCUUACGGUACUUGGCUAUACAGUCAGCAUGAGUCGUGCCAACAAGGGGGAAAUACUGGUCAACAGCCGGUCCAUCAAUUUACCAUACACCACAGAGGAUGGCAAGCUUUCUAUCUUCCGUCAAGGUUACUUUGGCAUUGUGAAAACAAACUUUGGUUUGACUCUCAAAUUCAACUGGAAUAGCCAUGUUAGCUUGACCCUUCCCAGUUCGUACUCCUCUACCACAUCUGGAUUAUGUGGAAAUUACAAUGGGAACCCUGGUGAUGAUUUGCUGCAACCUGAUGGCACGCAGGCUAAACAUAUUAAUGAAUUCGGCCAUAGCUGGAAAGCUGGGGGAGACCUCGGCUGCACUAGUGACUGUCCUGGUAAUAAAUGUCCUGAGUGUGAGCCUGCACUGCUACUACGUUACCAGCAGAGGCAAUACUGUGGUAUAAUCUCUGACAAAUCUGGUCCUUUCAGCGAGUGUCACAAGAAACUUGAUCACUCUGGCUUCCUCAAAGACUGCUUGUUUGAUUUGUGCAUGUACAAAGGCCACGCCUCAGCCCUAUGCAGCAGUGUUUCAACUUUCAGUACUUCUUGCCAGGAAGCAGGAGCCACUGUGGAGACUUGGAGAAGGGAGGACUUUUGCCCUCCAACCUGUGGUCAAAACAGUCACUAUGAAGUAUGUGCCCCGACUUGCCAGUUUACUUGCAGUGGUCUAACACCCCCUGAAGGAUGUGAUGAGAGCGCCCCCUGCACUGAGGGUUGUGUGUGUGACGAUGGAUUCAUGCUCAGCCAUGACAAGUGUGUUCCUCUAACAGAGUGUGGCUGUCAGUAUGAAGGACAGUAUUAUAAACACGGGGAGGUUUUUUAUCUCGGAGAGUCGUGUAACACUCAGUGUGUUUGUGGAGACAACAGACAAGUGGAAUGUAAUCCUGAAUUCCGUUGUUCGCAUCAUGAGAAGUGUGUUGUGACAGACGGCGUGGCCUCUUGUUCUCCCAAAAGUGUGGCUUCUUGUUCCGUUCACGGAGUCAGAUCGGUCCACUCUUUUGAUGGGAAGGCAUAUCCUCUGUUGGGAAAUUGCUUGUUCAUCUUGUCAGAGGUGGGAGAAGGCGAACAUGUGGCAUCUUAUUCUGUGUUGGUUGAGCAGAACAGAAAAGAUGGCUAUGUCACUCGUAGUGUGGAGAUGCAAGUGUACAAUGUGGAGAUCACUAUGGAGACGGGGAUUGUUUGGGAGAUCGAGGUUGAUGGAAUCAGAGUCUCACUACCUGCAUCACUGGCAGAUGGACAGAUUCAAGCAUAUCAGAAUGGCAUCAACAUCAUCAUUGAAACUGACUUUGGUCUAAAGCUAACCUAUGACACCAAAGCUGGCAUCAGAUUGCAAAUCCCAUCCACCUAUAAAGGCUUACCUUUCGGUCUCUGUGGCAACUACAAUUGCAAGUUGUCGGAUGACCCAGCAUCAGAGGGAGGAAAGCUGGCAAAUCUCUCAGCUCUGGUAGUAGAAAAGGAUGAUGUCACCUGUGAGACGGGCUGUGGAAGUUCUUCCUGUCCUGACCCCGAUGGGCAAACGACCCCCGAAGGCGAAAAGGCUUGUGAUGUCAUCAGAGAUGAGCACGGGCCGUUUGCAGGAUGCCACGUAACAGUGUCGCCAGUACCCAAUUUUGAUGCCUGUGUCAGGGAAAUGUCCUCAGAAGAAAAAGACCAGGAGGUUCUGUGUCGUCACAUUCAAAAUUAUGUCCUCGCCUGCCAACUAGCUGGCAUCCAGAUUAGCAAAUGGAGGAGUGACGCCUUCUGUCCUCUGACAUGCCCAUCAGGAAGCCAUUACGAGCUGUGCUCUUCCUCCUGUUCGUCCACCUGUGCCUCUCUGGAGAGGUCAGAUCCUUGCCCAAUGUGCCAAGAGGGCUGCCAGUGUGACGAUGGACUGGUGUCAGAUGGUGACCGUUGUGUGCCUGUGGAGAAAUGUGGCUGCGUAGUGGAUGGAUAUUAUUAUAAGUCAGGUACAUCUGUGUUCAAGGAAGACUGUUCUGAGCUCUGCGAGUGCCACUCUGGGCAGUUUAUCUGUAAGCCCACAAAUUGCAAGGCAGGGGAAGAAUGCACUACCAAGAAUGGAAUAAUGGGCUGUGUCUCCACAGACCCAUGUGCUGAUUUUAAGUGCAGGGCAAAAGAGCAUUGCGAAGUAUCAGAAGGUGAAGGAGUGUGCGUGCCUGAUACCAAUGUUCUCUGCUGGGCUUUUGGCGACCCACACUACACUACGUUUGAUGGCUGGAGUUACUCUUUCCAAGGAACCUGCACUUAUGUUCUUGUUAAUACCACAGGUGAGGAUUCCUCCUUGCCAGAGGUAACUGUAACAACCAAAAAUGAGCUCCGUGGGAACUCUGAAGGCUCUUUUGUGCGUUCAGCCACUGUGGAAAUGCUGGGCCAUACCAUCUUCAUUCCAAGAGAUAAAAGAGGCUUUGUAUUGGUGGAUGGCAUCAAGACUGGUCUUCCGGUCUUCCUAGAAGGAGAGAGCAUUUCAAUCACAGAGUCUGGAGUAAGAGGAAUCCUCCAGAGCGAUAUCGGAGUCACUGUCACCUUUGAUUGGGCUACACUGGUCAUGGUUUCCCUUAGCAGCAGCUAUUAUGGCAAUGUGGUAGGGCUCUGUGGCAACUACAACGGCAAGAAGGGUGAUGAGAUGACGACUCCUGGAGGCAAGACUGCGGUCAAUGUAACAGAGUGGGCAGGAACGUGGAGCGUUCCUGAUGGAGACUUAUUCUGUUACCAUUACUGCGAUGGGUUGUGCCCUCAAUGUUCGGAAGAGGACCGCACACGAUACGCUGGUCCGGAAUACUGUGGGAUCCUGAGCAAUAAAAUGGGACCGUUCUCUAAAUGCCAUGGUAGUGUCCCAGUCAAGGUGGCUGAGUCAGACUGCUUGUACGAUGUCUGUGUCAAUGCAGGACGACGCGAAGUAUUGUGCGAGUCCUUGAGCGAUUACCUUGCUGAGUGCCAGGAAGCUGGUGCCCUUGUUCUACCAUGGAGACAACAGGCCAAUUGCACUAUGGAAUGUCCAGCCAACAGCCAUUAUGAGGUGUGUGGGCCAGCCUGUACAGCCAGCUGUGGUGGUCUGCCUGAUGUGUGCCACAAAGCGUGCGCAGAGGGCUGUUUCUGUGACCAGGGAUAUGUCCUCAGCCGAAAUGGGUGUGUUGAAAAGGAGAAGGGCUGUGGCUGUAACCAUGAUGGCCAUUAUUAUCUACCGGAUGAGGUGUUCUGGGCUGACUCCAAGUGUAAAGAACAAUGUGUGUGUGAUGCUGCGACACAAACAGUACAUUGUAAGCCGAAGGGGUGUCGAACCGGAGAACAGUGCAAAGUUGUAGAAGGAGUCCAAGACUGUUAUCCAAUCAGCUUUAAGACUUGCUCUGCCCGGGGAGAUCCUCACUUCUACACGUUUGAUGGAUUAAAGUUCGAUUUCCAAGGCAACUGUGUCUACCGACUGGCCAAAGUGUGUAAAAACGCUGAAGGUCUUCAACACUUUGAGAUAAACCUGGAAAAUAACAACCGUGGGAACAAAAGAGUUUCCUAUGCCAAGGUGGUAACUGUAAAAGUCUUUGGAAACACAUACACAUUCUCAGUGGACUACCCACAUAAAGUACUGGUGGACAAUAUGAAAAAUACUCUACCAUUCACAUCCGAGGAAUCGCUGGUUAAGGUUUAUCGCAGGUACAGACUGGCUGUCCUCGAAACUACCUUUUUAAAGGUUUCGUUUGACUUUGUGAGUGCAGUCACAGUGGAAUUGGCGACUAGUUAUCAAGGUACCGUGUGUGGUCUUUGUGGAAACUUCAAUGGCAAUCCUGCCGAUGACUUGACGCUGCCCAAUGGGACACCAGCUUCUAAUGCCAAUGAGUUUGGAUUGAACCAAUGGGUGGCUGACCGGCCAGGUUGCUCCAAAGACUGUAAGGACUGUGCCCAGCCCCUCCCCCCUGGCAUAAAACCUCCAAGCUUUACGUCAAUCUGUGACAUCAUAACGGAAAAAGACGGGCCUCUGGCUGACUGUAUAGAUCGAGUGGAUUCCAAGCAAUACCGUGAAGACUGUAUCUAUGACAUGAUACUUACUAAUGGCAAACAGGAAGCCGCCUGUGACAUCAUCAGUGCCUACGUCGAAGAGUGUCAGGUGAAGGGAGGCUGUGUGAGGUCAUGGAGAAACAGGCAACGCUGCUGGAUGCAUUGUCCAGCCUACAGUAUGUACAGCAUCACAGCUCCUGGUUGCCCACUCAGCUGCAGUUCUCUAUCGGUGCCUGUAGAGUGUAAAAAUCCACCCAGUGAGGGUUGUGUCUGUAACCCUGGAUACUUUUUGAACCAGGAUCGUUGCGUGCCGCUGAACGAAUGUGGGUGCCUCUUGGGAGGUCGCUACAUCGAGUCAGGAGAUGCAUACUACCCUGACUGCCAUCAGCAAUGCGGAUGUCAUGAGGGAAUGGUGUACUGUAAGCGAGUGCUAUGUAAAAAACCUCAUAAAUGUGGAGUUAUAAAUGGGUCCUUGGGCUGCUAUGAGAUGAAAAAGUUGUCUGUCAGUCAUCCAGUGGGCCCCAUACCAAACUUCUUCAAAGACCAACAGUAAGGCCACUUUCUGCUGGGUGAAUUAAGAGCUUUCAAUCGUAAUUAUACUCCUUACUUGUAAAAUCUCAGCUAUGUGAAUAAUUAAUCUAGGGAAUUUGUUUCUUAUUAGCUAUUGCAUCAUAGCCCCAAGUGACUAAUCCUGUUUUUUCCAGUUUUAUAAGGAAAUAUACUGUAAUGUGAAAACUAGUCAAUUCAGGUUGCUUUUGUUGAUCCAGCCAGUCUCAUUACUAAUAAAUUAUUUC